AUGAGUCUCCAGCCGCCGUCCCUCGCCAUGAGGUCCAAGUCGCCCUCUGGCGGCUCCACAAAGGCCGUCAUUCUGGUCGGAGGGCCCUCUCGCGGUACCCGCUUCAGGCCGCUGUCUAUGGAACUGCCAAAGCCGCUCUUCCCCGUCGCUGGCCACCCCAUAAUCGAGCACUGCUUCCGCGCAAUCACAAACGUCCCUGAUAUCAAGGAAGUCUUCAUUGUCGGCUACUAUGAGGAAUCCGUCUUCCAACCCUUCAUCAACGCUGUGUCAACCAACUGGCCCCACCUGAGCGUUAAGUACCUCCGCGAAUACCAAGCAUUGGGCACUGCUGGAGGUCUCUACCACUUCCGUGAUGUUAUAUUAAAGGGCAAGCCCGAGAAGCUUUUUGUUCUCAACGCAGAUGUCUGCUCCUCGUUCCCGCUGGUCGAGAUGCUGAAGCUGUUCGAGGACAAAGACGCCGAGGCUGUCAUGCUCGGUACCAGAGUCGCAAACGAGGCCGCCUCCAACUUUGGAUGCAUCGUCUCGGAUGCGCAUACCAAGCGCGUGCUCCACUACGUCGAGAAGCCCGAGUCGCACAUUUCCAACCUGAUCAACUGCGGUAUCUACCUCUUUGCGACCGAGUGCAUCUUCCCCGCUAUCCGCAGCGCUAUCAAGCGACGGACCGAGCGCCCACGGCUGCUGUCAUACCCCUCCAACGAGAACCUCGAAUCUUCCUUCUACCAGAACGAAGACGACGACGACAGCAAGGAAAACGCUGUCAUUCGCCUCGAGCAGGAUGUGCUGUCGGAUAUUGCCGACAGCAGGCAGUUCUUCGUCCUUGAGACAAAGGACUUCUGGCGCCAGAUCAAGACUGCAGGCUCUGCCGUCCCUGCUAAUGCUCUGUACCUCGCCAAGAUGUUCCAGGCGGGAUCAGAAGAGCUUGCUGCCCCCUCUGCCAACAUUCUGCCCCCAGUCUACAUUCAUCCCUCUGCUCAGAUCGAUCCAACUGCCAAGAUCGGACCCAAUGUCUCCAUUGGCGCCCGCGUCGUCGUCGGCGCUGGUGUACGUGUGAAGGAGUCUAUUGUGCUUGAGGACUCUGAGAUCAAGCACGAUGCAUGUGUGCUGUACACCAUUAUUGGCUGGAACAGCAAGGUCGGUGCGUGGGCCCGUGUUGAGGGUACACCAACACCCGUCACCAGCCACACUACUAGCGUCAUCAAGAACGGUGUCAAGGUUCAGAGUAUUACCAUCCUCGGUAAGGACUGCGCCGUCGCAGAUGAGGUCCGUGUGCAGAACUGUGUCUGUCUGCCAUACAAGGAGCUGAAGAGGGACGUCUCUAAUGAGGUCAUCAUGUAA